GCGAGCUCGCCAGGAGAGCAAACCCGGCCGGCGCCGAGAGCGAAAGUACGUAAAGUAGCAGCCCAGCUUGUGAGCCGCACACCCCGGGGGACGACUGACAUGACUCGGCGGCCUAGAAACAGUGUUUACAGCAGCGAGGAGGAUGAGGAGGAGAACGAGACGUAUGACCACGAUUAUGACGGCUCGCUGGCAAAGCCCGGGAAGAGGCACCUUGGUAAAACACGCUGGACGCGAGAGGAGGAUGAGAAGUUGAAGAAACUCGCCGAGCUUCACGGAGCUGACGACUGGAAACUCAUCGCGAGUUUACUAUCCGUAAGUCUACGCAACGCCACAAAAACGUCGAGGCAUUCAAGACACUCUGGUAACCGUACAGAUGUGCAGUGUCAGCACAGAUGGCAGAAGGUUCUCAACCCAGAACUCAUCAAAGGGCCUUGGACCAAAGAGGAAGACCAGCGGGUAAUCGAGCUGGUGCAGAAGUACGGCGCCAAGCGCUGGUCGGUCAUCGCCAAGCACCUGAAGGGCCGCAUCGGCAAGCAGUGCCGCGAACGCUGGCACAACCACCUCAACCCAGAGGUGAAGAAGACCUCGUGGACGGAGGAGGAGGACCGCAUCAUCUACCAGGCCCACGAGAAGCUGGGAAACCGCUGGGCCGAGAUCGCCAAGCAGCUCCCCGGCAGGACCGACAACGCCAUCAAGAACCACUGGAACUCUACCAUGCGGCGGAAGGUAGAGCAGGAGGGCUACCUGCAGAGCGCUACCUCCAAGGCCGCUGGCUCGCCGCUGUCGCUCGGCCACGGUUACGUCAAGCCAGCCGGCCACAUCUUGGCCUUCCCGCACCACUCGCCCAGUCACACGCACCUGCCCCCCGUGUCACCACUCAACUACGCCUACAUGUCCGACUCGCAACGAGUGCCUUUCCCUAUGGCCUUGCACCUCAACAUCCUGAGCAUCCCCCAGCACGGAACUACCGCCAUACAGAGACACUAUAGUGAAGAGGACCCUGAUAAGGAGAAGAGGGUGAAAGAGAUCGAACUGCUGCUCAUGUCGACUGAGAAUGAGCUACGAGGCCAGCCGUCAAUACCAAUCAACUUGCCUUAUCCAAGCUGGACCAGCCAGAGCCCGUUAACUCACACCUUGGAGGGCGUGGCCAUGUCAUUAGCUAAUCACCAGGCCACUGCACCCACCCUUCCACUGGAUCAGAGCUGCCUGCCCGAGGAGAGCGUCUCGGCUUCGCGGGCACAGAGUGGCACCAGCACCAUGCCCGAGUUCAUGGAGUCUGUCAUUGACUCAUUGCUCAACCAAUCGAUGAGUCCGGAGCACUCGGACAGCGACCAUCUUCCAAUAAGAUCGCCCGUGGACGCCAAGACUCAGAAGGACAUUGACAUGUUCACAACUCCUAACAUUCGCCGUUCCAUCCUGGGAUCAUCUCCUUGCACGCCCACGUCUUUCAGAGCCGCCUUGGCCCUGCAGGAGGCCAAGUAUGGACCGCUCAAGCUGCUGACUGCUUUGGAUCAGCAGAUGGUGGAGUCCAUUAAGCAGGAGCCUAUGGAGUGCACCAUUGAGCAGCCGCCUCUGAAGAAGAUCAAACAAGAGGUGGAGUCUCCGUGUGAAAGGAGUCCAUACAUGCAGUGGGAAGGCCAAGAACUUAACACACAGCUCUUCUCGCCAAACGGCCCCGCACAGGAAGUACCAGACUUGCUCACAAGCUCGUUGCUAAGCGAAGAUGAACACAAAGCCUACCUCCUUCCUCACAGGACCUCUGACAGCCAACUACCGCCGCUGAGCUCGUGGGAGCAGGCGACCUGUGGGAAAACCGAGGAGAGCGUCACGGCGGCCGAGCAGAGCCACAUCAAGUAUGUCAACGCGUUCCCAAUGAGGACGCUGGUCGCGUAGACGGCGCAAGAUGGUGGCGGUCGGGGUUCAUAUUUGUUGUGCUACAACAGUUGGGAGAGGCUCCAUGCCACCUGGUUGACCAAACAAAGACUAUAUAUAUUUUUUCCAUAUAUAGACAAUUGCUUUGGGUUUUUUUUUUUUUUUGGUCCUGUCUUUUGUUUUUUUUAUUAUCAUUGUUGUUUUGAAAUUGCGGGGAUAUAUCAUUAGCAUUGGGCUGUACUGUUAAUUCUGAAUUUUGAUAUUAAUAUAAAGAACAAGUUGAUUAAUUUAUUUUCUAUGUUUUGAUGAUGUUUUUUUUUUUUAUUUGUAUUCCUACACAAUUGGCCAUUGGAGCGGUGUUGGACAAUUUUUGUAUUUAAGCCCUCUUAACUUUAUUGCGUAUCCAGUGGCAUCUUCAUGGAUUGAAAACUGACCUAUUUGUUGAAUUUUAUUACUAUUGUUUUUUAAAGGCUGUAAUGGGUCUUCUGAUAAUUUCAAGUGUUUGGUGCACGUCACCUCUUAUUAAACACAUAACUACUGAACAUGCUGUAUUAAUGUCAGUCGUACUUUACGCAGAGGAAAGGGACAACGUGACUAGUAUUAACUGUUUCACACAUUGUCACCUUUUAAUUUCAUUCAUUUUUCUUUUUGUGAUGGGGAAGCAUUCAAUGAACAAAUAUGUUAUAUGGAAAAAGGAUUUACGGAUACUGUACAGUACAUUGACACGUAUGUGUGAGACCACAUGCUUCACCCAGCAGGAGUGACAUCAAGAUGCACUUGAAUUUUAUCAAUUUAAAAAAAGAGUACUAAACACUGCUAUUUUAUGAAAAUUAAGACUGUGCAUGGUUUUUUUUUUUUGAAUAUAUAUGUAUUUGAAUAGUUUUGUCUUAGACAUAGUUAAUUGGCAUCUUGCAGUAAUCCAUUUCAAACACUUUUUGUCUGUCCUUUUAAAACCUUUGUUACACCUUGUUUAAUAUUAGCUGUGCAUAAAUCAUUUUAUAAGAAACAUUUGUACAAGCCAAGUUUUCACAUUUUUGAUACUUUUCUAUACUGCCUAGCAAAUAAAGUGUGUUGUUUUUGCCACAA